AUGCCCAUCAUUAGACGCUCAUCUACGCGCUUAGCAAGUAAACUUACAGCGCGCGACGUUAGUGUUCAACCUAUGCCUUCAGGUGAUACAGUAGACACGAAGAAUACACGCAAUCUUAAAGCAAGGCCAAGAAAUGCAACUUAUCGCCCAGAUGCUCUGCGCGAAGAGCUGGAAAGCACUGCAAAUUUACCAGAGAUUGGUCAGAAAGUCUCCCCAGCCCUUCCUAUUGUCCCAAAACCAAGUUCUGAAGAAGAAGAAGAAGAAGUGGUGUUUGUCCCAGCCGUGCUAUCAUUUGAUCUGGAAGAAGCGAAGCGCCACCUCAUUCAAAUUGACCAACGCUUUGAAGAACUAUUUACCAAGAUGAAAUGCAAGCCGUUCGAACAUCUUGAACAGGUAGCAAACACCGACGUAUCCAUUCUCAGAACUGCUGGUCUGAGUGCUCGAAAAGCAGAAUAUAUUCGUGACCUUGCCGUGAGGUUUGCGGACGGCCGCCUCUCCACUCGGAAACUCUUAGAAGCAAAUGAUGAUGAACUCGCGGAGAUGCUGAUCGAAGUCAGGGGGAUUGGACGGUAUCCGUCAACGAAGACGCUAACCCUGUUGAUCGCAGUUGACAUGUUUGCCAUCUUCUCACUUCGACGCCCCGACAUUCUCCCAGUGGGUGACCUUGGAGUGCAAAGAGGGGUGGUCCGGUGGUUUCUGUCCCUCCAUUCACCUGCGCAUACCUAUACACUGUCCCCUGAGAAAUUGGGCGGUACUGGUACUGCAACGAAGAAAAACAAGGGGAAAAAGGGAAAGGCCCGGAUAGCGGCCAAUGAGGAGGAAAACACUGCCUCUACCGUCCCGGGUGUAUCUUAUGAGGCAGAAGACCUACCCUCCAUACCGCCAGCUUUUACACCAUCCAUUAAAAAGACGCUGAACAAAGUGGGAGGAGCAGUUGUUCCUCUGCCAAGUGGAAUGGACGUUGAGGUUUUAAAAGCGAGAUUGGACCCAAAGAACAAAAUCAAAGGCGCGUUUGUAACUCCACAGGAGAUGGCAGACUUGACGGCAUGCUGGAGACCAUACAGAAGCAUUGCUGUGUAUUAUAUGUGGUCGCUGGCCGACGUAUUGGACCUAGGUAGUGGAUGA